AUGGUCGCCAGCGAGAUGCGAGAUCUACCACUCAGGGUGAAUGAAGUGGUCUUCAAGCCCUUUCAAGAGAUCAAGGCUUCGCAGGAGGGGUCUAAUAUUUGGGAUGCGUGGUCUCAGGCUGGCAAGUACGACUUCUUUCUGGAGAGACUGCAUCUAUUACAGGAAGAGAUCUUUGCACUUGCGGCGACAACACAAUCUCCCGAACAGCACAUGGUAUAUGUCUUGAAGCGGUAUCCAAACAGCUGCAUUGGCGAUAUCCUCGGACGCAUCAUGAAAAUCAAAAAUGACAUCUAUGUACCUCUUGCAGCUGUCAUGGGUAGCGCACAGUCGCUGACCUUUCAUGAUCGCGGUGUCCUACAAGAUGGCCUCUUGGGACUGACUUCUUACGCCGACUUUGUAGAACAAGUCAGAUCGCAAGGCUGGUGCUUGGAUGUUCUCGGUUUCAUCAUUACACAUGGACCAGGCAAGCGUGGUGUUCGUCUGAUCUCAAUGGACAGGAGAUGGUUAGUCCUAGGUCGUGUCGCAAAAGAGUCAAUCUUCAGACGCAACCGUGACAUACGCUCCGCAGCAGAUCUGAGCGCUGAAAGACUCAAUGAGAUGCGCUCGACAAUUGCUAAUACCCAGUGGCGACCCUGGAUUGUACCUACAGACGAGCAGAUCAUCACAGUGCGCGAUCUGUUCGAAACGUCAAAUCCGAUCGGGUGGCCCAAUUGGAAAGAUGACCUGCCGGAUCUCCGAUACUUCCAAUCAGCCGCGUCACAAGCUGUCCGCUUUCUGAACGCACUGCAUCCUCAGCAUCGCAAGCAAAUGCGAGAUAUCAAGAUAACGGAAGAAGAGAAGUGUGCAGCUCUUCCGGAAUGUCACCUACGGGGUCUACUCCACGUUUUCGACGAAAUCCCCGCGCUGUCGGUGGUCAGACACGUCGACCUUUGGCACUGCGUGGUUCAAGAUGCCGUGCUUCGCACAAUCACUUGGAUCAACGAAGCGACAAGCCUUUCUUGGGAUAGAACCGGCCGCCUCUCCGUCAAGACCCAUUUCGUUGGUCCUCACGACACUGUGCAGCUCAUCUGGAAUAGAGUCAAAGCUGUCGCAGCAUUGUACUCUGCAGCUGUGGUCUGUACGCGCGACCAAUGCGAUCCAUUCUCACGACGAGACGAUCUGGCGCUGGCAUUCGCACAUGAAGACGACGCCGCUUUCAGCAACCCGGAAUUGCUUCCAGUAUCGGUGCGACAAAUCCUCUCGUACGACUCUCUCGUGAAGUUCCCGUGCAUCAUGGGUACCCUUGACGAAUUCGAGAAGGAAUGCGAGUACAUCUAUUCCAUAUUGCGGGGCAGACCGAAAGAAGACUGGGAGUUGCACUGGAAGAGAACCCUAGAGGGUGUGAUUGAGGAAGAAGGAGUGGACUUCAAGACCGUACAAUCCAGGUACGCAGAUCAUCGCCCCAGCUUUGACUAA